AUGGAAAAACGAACUGGUUCUAUCACUUUGCUAGAUGAACCGUUCGAGUGGUCAAAUGAUAGUAGUCUAGAGGUGUUUGCAGCCGCGAUCGAGGAGGACGAAGCUGAAAGUUCCCGGUCAAGGCGCAAAGUCGUCAACCGUGACCGUUGGGCCGCUUCACAAAGGUUGCAUCGCAACUACUUUUGUGAGGAACCCAAACAUGAUGGUGAUUUUUUUGAAGAUAGGUACUGCAUGCCUAAACACUUGUUUUUAAAAAUCGUUCGAGAUCUUGAGGCAAGAUACUCCUAUUUCCUGGAGUCAUACGAUGCUCGUCUGAAAAAAAGUUUCACACCUAUUCAAAAGUGUAAAUCUGCAAUUAGGCAACUCGCAACCGCUGAUAUACCAGAUGAGUACGACGGGUACUUAGAGAUGGCACAACGAACAUCACUUGAAUGCCUACAAAUGUUUUGUGACGCUAUUGUUCAGACGUAUGAAACAUAG